GAGAGGGAAACCAAGGCUACUGUUCAUAAUCUCUUUCAACCAAAUGUCUUUAAGCACAAAUUAAGCAUAGGUACAACUUUCAAUUUAGCUGGCAAAAUUUUCCAUUUAUAUUCUCUCAAAUCAAAAUUAAAUCUAUCUUUCCAUUAAAUGUCCGUGCAGAAAAUAUCAUUUAUUCUCCCUCUGAAUAAUAACUAACAAUGCACUCGGCGAAUCAUUGGGGAGGUUCACUAGAACUAGCUGCGAACAACGGCGAUUCUGACGAUAAUCGUAGCCGGAAUUUGGAUUGGGACAGAGCAUCAGUAAAUCAUCAACAACAACAGUACAAUUACGAUCAUCGGAAUUUGGAUGAAACACAACAGGGUUGGUUAUUAGGUCCGCCGGAGAAGAAGAAGAAGAAAUAUGUGGAUUUAGGAUGUGUUGUUUGUAGCAGAAAAGCAUUAAAGUAUACAAUUUAUGGAGUCGUUAUUGCUUUCAUCGUGAUCGCACUUCCGACAAUCAUCGUAAAGUCUUUGCCAAAGCAUAAACCACGACCUUCUCCUCCAGAUAAUUACACUAUUACCCUUCACAAGGCUCUACUCUUCUUCAAUGCCCAAAAAUCUGGUACAUUGCCAAAGAACAAUGGGAUCCCAUGGAGAGGAAACUCAGGUUUAAAAGAUGGAUCAAAACUGACAGAUGUUAAAGGGGGAUUGGUUGGAGGAUACUAUGAUGCUGGAGACAACACAAAAUUCCACUUUCCCAUGUCAUUUGCAAUGACCAUGUUGAGUUGGAGUGUGAUUGAAUAUGAACACAAGUACAGAGCCAUUGGUGAAUAUGAACAUAUCAAAGACCUCAUCAAAUGGGGCACUGAUUACUUGCUCCGUACCUUCAACUCCACUGCAACUAAAAUUGACCAUAUUUACAGCCAGGUUGGUGGUGCUUUAAAUAAUUCAAAAACACCAGAUGAUCACUACUGCUGGCAAAGGCCAGAAGACAUGAAUUAUGAACGCCCUGUUCAAACAGCUACUUCAGGGCCUGAUCUAGCCGGUGAAAUGGCAGCAGCAUUGGCUGCAGCCUCCAUAGUAUUCCGGGAUAACACGCAAUAUUCAAAAAAGCUUGUUAAAGGAGCAGAGACCCUCUUUGACUUCGCCCGGGACUUUGGCAAACGGACUUCAUAUUGCCGUGGAAAUCCAUACAUUGAACCUUUCUACAACUCUACAAACUACUUCGACGAGUUCAUGUGGGGAUCAGCUUGGUUAUAUUAUGCUACUGGUAAUAAAACUUAUAUAUCUUUGGCCACUAAUCCCGGAUUGCCUAAGAAUUCCAAGGCCUUCUUCAUGAUCCCGGAUUUAAGCGUGUUGAGCUGGGAUAACAAGCUGCCUGCAGCUAUGCUGCUGUUAACUAGGAUGAGGAUAUUCUUGAAUCCAGGUUACCCUUAUGAGGAAAUGUUGAGUAGCUAUCACAAUGUCACUAGCCUUACCAUGUGUUCCUACCUAGAGAAGUUCAAUGUCUUCAACUUCACCAAAGGUGGACUAAUCCAGUUGAAUCACGGGCAAGGACAGCCGUUGCAGUAUGUGGCAAAUGCAGCCUUUUUGGCAUCACUCUUUGUUGAUUACUUGAAUGCCACUGGUGUUCCAGGAUGGAACUGUGGCCCUUACUUUUUCUCCUUGGAUAAUCUUCGCAGUUUCGCCACUUCCCAGAUGAACUAUAUUUUAGGUGAAAAUCCCAUGAAGAUGAGCUACAUAGUGGGGCAUGGAGACAAAUUCCCAAGGCAUGUUCAUCAUAGGGGUGCAUCAAUACCUACUGGUAAAACAAAGUACUCAUGCACUGGAGGUUGGAAAUUUAGAGAUACCAAAAAUCCCAAUCCUCACAACAUAACAGGAGCCAUGGUAGGAGGACCUGAUAAGUUUGACAGGUUUAAAGAUUCGCGCACGAAUUUCAGCUAUACAGAACCAACACUUGCAGGAAAUGCAGGACUUGUUGCUGCAUUGGUUUCUUUAACUGGUAGUGGUGGCUUUGGUGUUGACAAGAACAUUAUUUUCUCAGCUGUACCACCUUUAUAUCCAAUGACCCCACCCCCACCUCCACCAUGGAAACCAUAAUGUGCAGAGAUCUUGAAAACUUCAGCUUAAAUUUUGCCUGUUAUUGGGCUAUCCUUGUACAAAAAUUCGAGAUUAAAGAGUUGUUUUAACUCUAUUUAUCUUUCUGAGGUAUCGGUAAUAAACUUCUUCCAUUGAUUUA